CUGCCUCAGAGCACCAAACGGGACGUACAAUGAGCUGGAUUCCUAAGCACGUUUUGUUGUGGACUCUCCUGCACAGCACGGCUCACCCGCUGGUUCGGGGGACAGCUGAAGGUCAUUUAUCCAAAAUGUUGGAUGGUAAAAUCAAACUUCCGGCACUUUGCAGAUUUUGUGAUGUUAAAUUAACUAGCUGUAGAAAUGAAGGUCAUUGCUACAGCCGCUGCAACCUUACUGCUAUCUGUGCUGACAAGAAUGAAGUAUGUGCAGCUGUUUGGAGAAAGAAUGAUGAAAACGUAACUUUAGAAACAAUAUGUCACGAUCCCACAUUAAAGCUCCAUGGCCACAAAUUGGAUGACUUUGAUUCAGAUACAUGUAAGAUGAAAGAGAAGAAGGGAGAUGGAGGUUUGCUGUUUAUGUGCUCCUGCAAAGCAGAAGAAUGCAAUGAUGAACUUAUUUUUUCAGAACGUGUCACCUCAAGUAUAGAAGAAGUGAAAGAUGUGAUAUCUAAAGUUGCACUAAUAAGCCUUGUCCCAUUGCUUGUGAUCGCCAUUGCUGUCAUCUUCAUCUUUUACUGCUACCGCAUUCAGAGGAGGAGGAAGCUCAACAAGGCAUGGGAAAAGAAUGUCAAGUCCAGGAAACAUACAGACUGUAGUGAUGUGUGCGCCAUUAUGUUAGAUGAUGACCGCUCUGACAUCAGUUCCACUUGUGCCAACAACAUUAACCAUAAUACUGAACUGCUGCCUAUUGAAUUAGACGCCCUGGUGGGCAAAGGUCGCUUUGCUGAGGUAUAUAAGGCUAAACUGAAACAAAACACGUCGGAACAGUUUGAAACAGUGGCUGUCAAGAUCUUCUCCUAUGAAGAAUAUGCCUCCUGGAAGACUGAGAAAGACAUCUUCUCUGACAUAAAUCUGAAGCAUGAGAAUAUCCUUCAGUUCCUCACAGCAGAGGAGCGCAAGACAGACCUAGGCAAACAGUACUGGCUGAUCACUGCUUUCCACUCAAGGGGAAACUUGCAGGAAUAUCUCAUAAAACACAUAAUUAGCUGGGAGGACCUCUGGAAACUGGGUGGAUCUUUGGCUCGAGGGAUUGCUCAUCUUCACAGUGACCAUACACCUUGUGGCCGACCCAAAACACCUAUUGUCCACAGAGAUCUAAAGAGCUCCAAUAUCCUGGUGAAAAAUGACUUAACCUGCUGCCUCUGUGACUUUGGGCUAUCACUGCGGCUGGAUCCGACUCUGUCUGUAGAUGACCUGGCCAACAGUGGGCAGGUUGGCACAGCAAGGUACAUGGCUCCUGAAGUCCUGGAAUCCAGAAUGAACUUGGAUAAUGUUGAAUCCUUCAAGCAGACUGAUGUGUAUUCCAUGGCUUUGGUUCUGUGGGAAAUGACAUCUCGCUGCAAUGGUGUUGGAGAGGUGAAAGACUAUGAGCCACCCUUUGGUUCUAAAGUGCGAGAGCAUCCAUGUGUUGAAAGCAUGAAGGACAAUGUUUUGCGGGACAGGGGGCGGCCGGAGAUUCCUAACUCGUGGCUCAACCAUCAGGGCAUCCAGAAAGUGUGUGAGACGCUUGUCGAGUGUUGGGACCAUGAUCCCGAAGCCCGGCUCACUGCACAGUGCGUAGCGGAGCGGUUUAAUGAUUUUGAGUACCAAGACAGUCUCUCGGGAAGAAGCAGUUCUGAAGAGAAGAUCCCCGAGGAGGACUCUGUGAACAGUGCCAAGUAACAAUCCACAAGAGGAAACUUGCACGAAAGAGAAAAGGCUGCUCUUGCGUUCUGUGUGCACAAUUUCAGAACAGGAAGAGGGCCCUUAGUUCGCUUUCUCUGGCCCUGAAGAUCCUGCCUAUGUGUCCACACUGCAGCUCCAGAGAAACAGAAAUUAUUUUAUGGGGAAGCCAUGAUAGGCAAAGUGUCAUACCAUAGCAAUAGCUUCCUUGACUGUGUCAUAGGAUAAGCUAUGUUGGUGCUUCCUGAGAAAAAGAGACUGUACAAAAUGCCAAUAAUGUUUGCACUUUAUCAAUGCUUGUAUAUAACUAUGGAAGAGCAAGUGUGUGUGUGUGUGUGUAUGUACAUACAUUUUCAUGAACGCACACACACACACACACACACACACACACACAGAGUAAAUCUCUGCAAAGCAUCUUCCCAGAGAUUAAUAAAAGGAAAAAAAAAUCCUACAUUGGAUUGCUAGGAUGUCUGCUGUAUUGGCAGCAAAAGUGCCUUAUUCACCCUACUCCACCCACACCAUAAAAACCAUAGUAACGCACUGCUAAUGCUAUACAUGGCUGCACUACUUUUUUUGCAGUUGUGGGACAAAGAGUCACAACUGAGACCCGAACAUUUAUCUAUGCAUUGGUUGUUCAGCUGGUUCAUGAACGUUUUCGAAUUUGUAGGUUCGGGGGACCAUUGAAGUUCUGGUUUGUUCAUUUGUUUUUCUCCCAAACCUCAUAGAAUUUGGAAGAUCAUGGUGUGUGUUUUUCUUCCUUUCAUGCCUGUACAAAGGAUUGUUAAUUUCUAUCCUCCUCCCUUUCUCUGAACUUGCACAUCAUGUUCGCAGCCUGCAUACUGAGAAUAGGUUUCCCAGCCCCCAACUCUAUGAAAUCAGCCAGGGCCAAUUAUAAUUGAAACAGAUGUUUUGCAUUUGCUGUGCAUUUUGACAAAAAGUAGACUUCCCCCUCCCUCCUUUGUGGGAUCGCUAACAUCAUGUCUAGUUUUUUGAGCUCUUAAGUUCACACUUGAUUUCAUGCCCAGUGCAAGGAGAGGGGACAACACAUGAAUACCUUCCUGAGUGUCUGGAUUUCUGUGAUGACGUAGGAAAGAAUUGCCCCACACUACAGGCAGGCAUCGGCGUUGGCCCUUCUUAAUGUGCAUUGUAGCCAACGCGGCCUGCAGUCAUUCAGAACUCCUGGCAAGAAGAGGACAUUCCUAAAUUGAUCCCCACAGGCAUGGCUUACAUUCUUUUAGUCUUCCAAAAUAUUUAGAUUUGGAGCUGGCCUCACAAGGAAUUUUAAAUGACGGAAUUCGACCGUUUUCUUGCUAAAUCAUCCGGCUGCUCAAUUUGUCUCUGUUUUGAGGGCCUGCAAAUUUGGCUUCAGGUGCUGCUUUCUAUGCCUUGCCGUUAUUUCCUAACAGACUAGGAAUCUUUUGCCAAUAUAGUUAAACCAGUGGGCACCAGAAACAAUCCUUCAGAGUUAAGAGAUGUAUAUCACGUGCAAUUCUUUUAUCAUACAGGACACAGAUUUUUUUUUCCUAGGAGCUGUUGCUUUGUUUAUCCAAUAGGAGAGAAAAGGUAUAUUCACAUAGGAGUUAAAGUUUAUGGUGGAAAUAUUUAUUUUUUAAAAAAAGCUUCGUGUCUGUUUUUAUAUUGAUUUUUAAAGAAAUAUUUAAGCAUUAAGUGGAGCAGAAGCUCAACAAAAUGGAAUCUAGAUUUAAUAGCAACAGGCUAUGUACUGAACUGUGGAGCUACUGGCAAGAUGGAUUUCUCCUGGGGUAAUGUUGCUCACCAGAGGUGAGAUCUAGUGACCUCUAGUGGUGGUUUCCCAGGGUAGCAUCCCAGAAAACAGCUGCAUAGGAAGGAAAAAAACAAGAAGCUUUACUACAAACUGAAAAGCAGGGUGCGUCUAUGCUACAAAUCCAAACUACUAAUUUCAAAACUGGUUUUACUGUCGUGCCUAACUUCCAAGAACUGCGAUUUGCCAGUGUUCCUUCGUAGAUAGCUGUGAGAGCUUC